AGAUGCAGUCGGAGGGUUGGGAGGUGGAGUGGAGAGACGCAGCUGAUGGAGCCGAGUUACGGGGAGGUGAACCAGCUCGGGGGGCUGUUCGUGAACGGACGCCCGCUGCCCAACGCGCUGCGGCUGCGGAUCGUGGAGCUGGCGCAGCUCGGGAUGCGGCCCUGCGACAUCAGCCGCCAGCUGCGCGUCUCCCACGGCUGCGUGUCCAAGAUCCUGGCCCGGUACAACGAGACCGGCUCCAUCCUGCCCGGGGCCAUAGGGGGCAGCAAGCCCCGCGUCACCACCCCGGCCGUGGUCCAGAGCAUCCGGGACUACAAGCAGGGGGACCCGGGCAUCUUCGCCUGGGAGAUCCGGGACCGGCUGCUCUCCGACGGGGUGUGCGACAAGUACAACGUCCCGUCGGUCAGCUCCAUCAGCCGCAUCCUCAGGAAUAAGAUCGGGAACCCGUUCGAGGGCAGCAAGCAUCAGCCCCCUACGUCCCCGAUCCAGUACGGACACGUGUACCCGUCCUACGGGGGGCCCGGGGCCCCCACCGGGACCAGGACCGGCAGCGGCCCCUCCGGACACAUCGGUCUUCCCCGCAGCUGGACCAACAUCCUGGGCCUCCGAGGCUUCAUGGAGCCGCCAGCUUUGUCUGGACCUGAGGGACAUUCAUCUAAAGUGGACGAAUGGACGGGAGCGUUUCCUCCCGGAGACAAAACCCACAACGAGCUCAACCUCAAGUUCUCCCAGCAGUCGUCCUCUGGUCUCUCUGGUUACGUCUCUUCGUAUCCUCCAUCCAACCCGUACGGUGUUUUCCCACCUCCCCCGGCCACUUACAUGAGCCCCGGGCACCAGUGGCAGCCCCAGGCCCCCGGCCUGGCCCCCGGCGUGGCCCCCGGCGUGGCCCCCGGCGUGGCCCCCGGCCUGGCCCCCGGCCUGGCCCCCGCCCCUCAGGGUCUGAGCCAGACUUCCAGCCCAGACUUCCACCAGCACCAGAACCAGCACCAGAACCAGCACCAGAACCAGGCAGCUUCUUUCAAAGGGCCCAGGAGAGACGACGAACGGAAACUCCAGAGUCCACUGAACCGACAACUUUACUCUGCUCACAGAUUAUCUUCAGCCUCGUGAUGAGGAGACGAGCAAAAAACUCUCCUCAACCCGGACACGAUUCUAUGGAGAAGAAGAAAAUUAAUCAUUUUAUAUACUUUUUUUUUUUUUUUUGGCCCCAAAAAAGGAAACUUUAAAUUCACAUUGGAAUUGAUUUUUCUUGUAAAAUAUAUUUUUCUAUAAUUGUGUUAAAUAAAGACUUAAAAAUGAUACAGAGGAAGAAAGUAAGUAUGUUAUUAGUGGAGGACGUUACUGAUCCUUAUGCUGUAGUUAUGUCCAGUUUAAUAUUAAAACCGAACAACUCAGAUAAUUAAUCGGCCGCUGAUCGUUGCAGCUCCAGGUUCCUGGUUUUAACUGGAGCUUUAUUUAUUUUCACAUGUGCUCAGGAAUUAGUCUGAUCCACAACCUGGACAAAAGACACAAAGUCACCACAAGCAGGAUUUAUUUAAAGCGACACGUUUGUUCCUGGAGGACCAUGGUUCUCCACUGUCCGUCCAGUUUUUAAUAAAGUUCUUAACCCAG